GAGGAGGUGGGGCGGUGGGAGGAGGCGCAGGAGCAGAGCGCCGAUGCCGCCACCACCAUGCUGCUCGCCGCGCUUCGACGACUCAAGUCGGAGCCACAGAGGCAGCGCCUGGAGAGGGGCCUGCCGGGGUGCGUCCUGUAUGCGGACGACCGCCGCCUGAGUGCAUCCUCGCUAAGAGCUGCUGGCAGUGACUCGUUUGAAGCGCAUGGGCGCGAGUUCCCGUACUGGCUCGCCACCAAGCUCAUCAACCGGGCGUAUGCGCAGCGCCACGGGUACCGCUUUGUGGAGAUGGGCGAGGCGGACAAGGACCCAGGCAGACACCCCUCCUGGUUCAAGGUGCGUUUCUUACAGCGCCAGCUGUCUUGCUGCUGCGAGUGGGCGUUCUUCCUGGACUCAGACGCCUACUUCCGCAUGGACAACCACCGCCUGUCCAUUCAAAGCUGGGUGGAUCGACUGACUCUGCCUCACUACUUUGACUGGAUCGCCCGUGACUACAACAUCUCGCUGGCCAACCAGACCUGCUUCCCGCGCCCCCCCUCCUCCAUCUUCUCGCACUCACCUCCCGUCUGCCCCCCGUCACCUGUGGGGGCCGGGCAGGGUGGGGGAGAAGGCGAGGCAGGAGAGGGGGGGCAUUGGGGAGGUGGAGGAGGGGGGGAGGGGGAGAGCCGGGCGGCGGUGUGUGUGGUGGCGCCGCGGAACGAUGAUGAGGCGUCGGGGAUGGCGGAGGGGCGGGCGGGGGCGCUGUUCAACGGCAGUAUGGAGUAUGUGAAUGCCGGGGUCACACUCUGGAGGCGCUCCCCGCACUGCCUCAAG